UCCACACAGUCAACCGGGAGCAGUCUUUCAGAACCACAGAGGUAACUAUUCAAUCUGAGAUCGUAAUGUCAAAGGAGGCAACUCAAUCCAAUUUUUCUAUGAAUUCCAGCGCAAAUGCCAACACACCCACAGUCAUGGAGCUGGAGGAAAUCUUACGUCAGAACAGGGUUCCGCUCAGUCGUAUUGACGAGGUCUGGCCUAACCUAUACAUAGGAGAUAUGACAAUAGCUCAUGACAGAUUUCACCUUUGGAAGUUGGGUAUCACUCAUGUGUUAAACACUGCACACAAACAGAUUGCGUCCAGUGGAUGCCAAGAUUUCUAUGGUACCAGUAUGGAUUAUUAUGGUAUAGCUGCUCGUGAUGUUCCAAAUUUUGACAUUGCUGCCUAUUUCUAUUCUGCAAGUGACUAUAUACAUAAGGCAGUGGAUAUAUUGGGAGGGAAGAUCUAUGUCCACUGUGCUUUUGGGUACAGCAGGUCAGCCUCCUUAGUGCUGGCCUACCUAAUGAUUUAUCAUCACCUUUCUCUGCUCGAUGCAGUGAAAACAGUGGCUUCUCGACGACGGAUAUUUCCCAAUCGAGGUUUUUUAAAGCAGUUACGGAGGUUCGACAUAAAAUUACAACAAGAAAGAAUUGUUUGAGUUUUUUCCAUCUAUUGAAACCGAAAUGUGGCUUUUUGAUAAUGAUAAUAUUUAUCAAUAUCUUUGUAUAGUAUGGUUCACGCUCACUAUUAUAACCCAGCAGCUAGAAGAAUUUGAAAUCACACCACAUUAUCGGCAAAGAUACCACAAUUAGAUUCUUAUCUCAGUCAAAAUGAACUUGUACCUGAUUUGUAAAUGUUUCUGCUUUUUAUUUCAUCACUACCUGAGCAACACAACACAAAAUGGCCUGUGUCAACAUCAAUUUUGCAGCAUUAUCAUAUCCAAGACCUUGUAGUUAUACA